GCAGCAUGCUGACAGCAGACGGCGAGUUUUUCGGAGACUUCCGCUCACGAUGGGAGAUAACCAAAGAGGCCAUCCUGGCCCUAUUGGGCACCUUUGGCAUCUCUGACUACAUAAACUUGGUGGAGUUCAAUUCCAAAGUCAAGAUACUAUCCACAGGGAAGCUACUACAGGCCAAGGAGGAGGAAAUCGCACUGCUGAAAGAGGAGGUGGAAAACAUAGAGCCACUUGGGGGCACGGACUUCCGGCUGGGCAUGGAGGCCGCCUUCGAUCUGCUUGUGAAUGCGACAAAGAGGAGCGUUGACAAUGAGGAGCCCACAAGCUCGCGUUGCCAGAAGGUCAUUCUCUUUUUGACAGAUGGGGAGGACUGCACCCUUACUGACUCAAAGUGCUCGAUGCCAGUGCUGGAGGGUGAAACUGGGGUGGACUCGGUACUGCAGUUCAUCGAACAGAAGCAGCAGGAGCUGGAGGCGCUUGAGAGCCAGCGAGCACACAUCUUCACCUUUUCGUUUGGCUUUGAGGCUGACGACGAGAUUCCUAAGGAAAUGGCCUGCGCAAAUGAGGGCGUGUGGCGUCGCAUCUUGCCUGGUGAUGACCCACUGGUGGACAUGAAUGCGUAUACGUCAUACCUGGCUUCCAGAAGGGGCGAUGCCGAUGUCAUUUGGUCCCGAACCUAUGAAGAUGCCUUUGGGCUGGGGACAGUUGUCACUGCUGCCAAACCAAUAUAUGGCCCGCGCACGUCCACCGGGGAGGAUGGUGGCCUGAUUGGGGUUGUUGGGCAUGACGUGAGGAUAGAGGACUUCACUGAUAGAGCUCCAGGGUUCCAGGUCGUCAUCGGGCGUUUCAUAUCUCGGGGGGUGCAGUGCAUUCCCAUCGAAUUCACGGGCUGUGAUCUGCAGCUGUUGCGGGAAGAGGACGCACAGUGCCCAGAGAUCUUUGACGAUGCCAAAUGUUACUUCUUUGAGGACACCGGGAACUACUACGCAGCACCAAAGAAACCACUGCUCGACUUUGGUGAAGCCAGUGCCUACUGUGAGGAAAGGGGCGGCUUUCUUGCAGAAAUUGAUGAGGAGCUGGAGGAGAACCUCCUGGCGGGGAUUGCAUCCAACGCGGGAUCUUGGGUUGGCUUGGUCUUCAACGAGACAGAAUGGAUGUGGGUGAAUAGCGGCCGUGUUGAAGACGAUAGGUCGGAUGUGUGGGCACUCCUGACAGAUAACUCAGGCAGGGGAGGCAAGGAGUGCGGCGUCAUUGAUCGCAGAGGCAUCCUGCAAAAUGUGCACGCAGAAGAUUGCCGAAUGAAGACGCGUGUCAUCUGUGAAUUUUUGGGACCGGAUCUACCAGAGGCAUGUGAGGACGGCGACACCAUCAGGGUGGAUGCGGACUACGAGUACAACGUGCGUCCCCUGUCCACCUGCCGGCCAGAGGAGGAGGCUCUGAGGGACGCAACCGCCGUCAGCCCAGUGGCCAAGACCCUCGAUAACGAGCAGGUUGUCUGCCCCCUUGGGGAGCAGAAGUCCACUGUUGAAGUCCGCUGCUGCGAUGACUGCAAACUGUAG